CCUCAGUGGUGGCGAGGGUAGUGAUGCGGCCCCGGAGGACGGGGGCGGCGGAGGGAUCCGCGCGUUAACAAAGAGCCAAAGCGAGGGGGCAGGCUAGCAGACGUUAGCUAGCUUACGAGUUAGCUAUGUUCGACACUAUAAGAGCCAAAUAACAAAGGCUACAACAAAAACAACAACAACAAAAACGACUUUCUGCUUAAAGGUGUCACGUUAACUUGUAGUGAGUGAGUGGAAUUUCGAGCCCACUAAAAUGGAGAAGAAAAGGUGGGACUGCACUGCUCUCCCGAAGGGCUGGAAAAUGGAAGAAGUGACCAGAAAGUCGGGUUUGUCCGCCGGGAAAAGCGAUGUCUAUUAUUUUAGCAGAAUUGUCUUCUCCUUUAGCAGAGGAGAAGAGCCAGAUGAGGAUCAGAGGCAAGAAAGGGGGGAGGCGGGUCGGUUGUAUAGUUUGUGUCCGUCUGGGAAGAAGUUUCGGAGCAAGCCUCAGCUGGCCCGUUACCUGGGCAACCAGAUGGACCUCAGCUCCUUCGACUUCCGCACGGGGAAAAUGCUGAUGAGCAAGUUGAACAAGAACCGGCAGAGGAUGCGUUACGACAACAACAACCAGAACAAGGGAAAACCCGACUUAAACACGUCGCUUCCAGUCAGACAGACAGCGUCCAUCUUUAAGCAACCCGUUACCAAGGUAACCAACCAUCCCAGCAACAAAGUGAAGACAGAUCCCCAGAAAGCUGUGGAUCAACCCCGACAGCUGUUCUGGGAGAAAAAACUUAGUGGUCUGAAUGCAUACGACAUUGCAGAAGAGUUAGUAAAGACAAUGGAGCUGCCUAAAGGCCUCCAAGGCGUGGGUCCAGGCUGCACGGACAAAACACUACUGUCGGCCAUCGCCAGCGCUCUCCACACCAGCGCUGCCCCCAUCACUGGCCAGCUGUCCGCUGCCGUGGAGAAAAACCCAGGGGUGUGGCUCAACACCACGCAGCCGCUCUGCAAGGCAUUUAUUGUUACGGACGAGGACAUCAGGAAACAGGAAGAGCUGGUAUACAGCGUGAGGAAGCGCCUGGAAGAGGCACUCAUGGCUGACAUGUUGGCCCACGUGGAAGAGGCGGCGGCGAGCGAGGGCGAAGGCAUCAAGGAUGACGGCAAUGGCAGCGAAGACAUGGAAAGCGCGUAGCGACACGGACGUCCUUCUGCUGUAUUCUGAAAAAAGCUUUCUUUCUUUUACUUAUUUUUCAUACGCACACAUGCUGACAUUUCACGCCCCCUAUUUGACCCUGAUCUCUGCCCAAUCACAACCAUGAUGACCAAAAGACUCAAAACGAGGUGGAGAACAUUUUUUAAAAAAAAUUGCCCCUAACAGGACGUUUGUGUUAUCCUGGAAUAAAUGUGUCAUAUUCUGUGUUGGAUAAGAAGAAUAUUUUUACAUACAAUUUUAAUAGAUUUUUUUGGGGUGGACAAUCAUGUGAAUCAAACAUGUCAGUGACAUUUUUGGGGUGCUUACUCAUUCUAAGGCAGAUUGGACAUGACUGUUUUGCUGCCAUCUUGAAUUUUAUUUGUACGAUUCACUUUAUGUCGGCUGCGAACAUUUUAACUUAAACUUAUCGUACGCUCAUCAGUGUUAUUGUCGCUUCUGCCAAGCAACGCAAUCCUGUUUUCACAUUCAUUUUUUUUGUUAUCCAUAGAAGUCACCAUAGACUGGUGUCAAAGCAAAUCAGUCAUUACUUUCUUUUAUAAAUUCUCAUCCCUAAUAGAUGGGAUAGUGUUUUUAAAAAAAAAAAAAAAAAUCCCAGCUGUGUCAAUGUUUAACGGUAAAUAAUGUUUCAUGCUGAAAUUGUCAAUUCAAUAUCAACAGGAUUAUUGCUGAGGAAUUGCAUUGUUGUAAUUAAUAAAAGUCACUAUGCCAUGAAAUACACAA